AAAUAUAAAACUUGAUGUUUUAAACAUCCUCCAUUAAAGUUGAUAUCUGCUUUCUAUUUUUGAUUAAUACAGUACUGUUCAGUUUUUACUCAGCAGGGAUACAUUAAUCAAAAGUGACAGUAAAGAUUUUGAACUUUCUAUUCAAAGAAUUCUCAACAAAAAAAAAUCAACAUGGGAAUAAAUGUAAUUUUAAAAUAUAUAUUUUUAAAAACAGUUAUUUUAAAUUGUAAUAAUAUUUUUUAUAGAUAUCAAUAAUUGGUGAGCAUAAAAAAUUAAUAUAAAUAUAUAUUGCCCCCCAACUUUUGAAAGGUAAAUGUCACGGGUGCGUGGUUGUAGUAUAAAUAUAAAUGAAAGACGAGAACGAAACAGCAUCAACUCACUUUCCCAUUUAAUAACUUAAGAUCGGACAAAUACAAGGGGAGAACUGAGGACUUUUAUAUGAACGGGAACAAAAGAGCAAACAACAAUUCAGAUCAGGUGGGGACAAUGAAAGAUAAUUAACUAAUGAGAACAGGAACUAAACCAUAUAAGGACAGAUAGGAACUUUGGACGGGUAGACACGUGACAGUAAAAGAGAAAAGGCUUAAUUAAAAAUACAUAAUAUUAGUAAAAAAUAAAACUGAUAUUAUUGCUAAUAAUUCUAAAUAUUAUUAUAAUUGAAUGCAACUAACAUUAUUACUGAUAAUAUUAUUACUAUUAUUUUUACACAUACAACAUUAUGUGCCUCCAAGCAUAAAAACCAUCAGUCAAUCUCAUCAGAACAUGAUGGUUUAGAUAACAAGCUAAUAUUGCAAAUGAUUAAAUAUGGUCCAUCAACUCCCGGGAAAAGAAGUCAUAGAUGUAAUCUAAUCUUUAAUAUCAUGCUAAUGGAGCUUCCAGUGUGAAAUAGCUUUUUUAGUGCAUGGUGCUACCAUGUGGUCAUGAUAUAAUGUGCAUGUCACUCGCCACGGUUCAGCUGUUCCACACCUCUCACACACUGAACAUCCAGCGCUCAUAGUACCCUGCAUCUGAUUCAGUUGUUUUAUUAUGGAUGCUGUAUGUAUGUUUAUGUACAUUAGAAAGACUUUAGGAACUUGGUUGGGACUAAUACUUAACUUUAAUUGUGACUUUAGUUUUGUACUUUUGUAAGUUACUUGGUAAGAAAGCAUCUGAUAAGAGUGUAACAUGGAACAUGGAAAGGAUUGAAUUACAGGAGGAGGAAGAAUGAGGAAAGAGGGAAGAGAAGGGGAGGGACUUAGAGGAAGAGAGGGGGUCUUCUAUGAAAGCAUCUUCUCUCAAGACCUGGAGACUUUUUAACAGGCAAACAACUAACGAAGAUUAUUGAAGAGCUUUUUUGACUUUUAUUGACAAUCCAUGAGUUUUCGAUUAUAAAAAGGCAGGAUCAAGCAUUUGGACAGAGAUAUAUCUGAAGCAUCUACACUAUAUUCCUACCUAAACAUUCACACAAAUACGCUGAUACACGCGGAGUGUAAUUUUUGUGAAUGCAGCAGUGUACUGGAAAAAUGUGGAGCUGCAUAACAGAUUUCUUUACCUAUGAGACGACCAAGUCCGUGGUGGUAAAGAGCUGGACUAUUGGCAUCAUAAACCGUGUCGUCCAACUCCUCAUCAUCACAUACUUCGUUGGCUGGGUGUUCUUGUAUGAGAAAGCAUAUCAAGUGAGAGACACAGCUAUCGAAUCAUCAGUCAUGACUAAAGUGAAAGGGUUUGGAGAGUAUAACAACCGGAUCAUGGAUGUAGCCGAUUAUGUCACACCCACUCAAGGGGCAUCAGUGUUCUGCGUCAUCACUAAGCUCAUCACGACAGAAAAUCAAGUUCAAGGACACUGUCCAGAGAGCGAGUUGAAAUUCAAAUGUGAGAGUGACAGUACUUGUAAGAAGCUGAUGUCAAAACCGUCUAGCAAUGGGUUGCUGACAGGACGAUGUGUGAACUUCAAUGAUACCCACAAAACCUGUGAGAUCAAAGGAUGGUGUCCUGCAGAGAUUGAUGAAAUUCAACCAAUCCCCAUGAUGGAGGUGGAGAACUUUACCAUCUUCAUCAAGAACAGCAUUCGCUUCCCACGUUUUAACUUCACAAAGGGAAACUUUUUGCCCAACAUCAAUAGUUCCUACAUAAAGAAGUGUAAUUUUGACUUUGAGAGUAACAUGUAUUGUCCAAUAUUCAAAGUGGGGGAUGUGAUCCGAUUUGCACAACAGGACUUUACUACUCUUGCUAAAAAAGGGGGAGUGAUAGGGAUAAAAAUAGCGUGGGUGUGUGAUUUAGACAAGGCAGAUGAUGAGUGCAAGCCGGCCUACUCCUUCACCCGCCUGGACGCCAUGUCAGAGAAGACCACCGUGUCUCCAGGAUACAACUUCAGGUACGCAAAGUAUUUUAAAAUGGAGAACGGGACCGAGUAUCGCACUCUGCUGAAAGCCUACGCCAUCAGAUUUGAUGUGCUGGUUAAUGGAGAUGCAGGAAAAUUUGACAUGAUCCCAACUCUAAUCAACAUGGUUGCUGCCUUCACCUCUGUUGGCGUGGGUACAGUGCUUUGUGAUAUCAUUCUGCUGAACUUCUUGAAAGGAGCUGACCAAUACAAGGCCAAGAAAUUUGAAGAGGUAUCAGAUUCACAUAUUCAGAACAGUAAUUCAUUGUACAGGACCAGAGACCACAGCCAGCAUUCAAUCAAAACUGAUGAGAAGUUCUCCAACGACUCUGGAGCAUUUUCCAUUGAACGUUAUAGUUAAUAGUGCUGAUCAGCACUUCGGGAAAAAAUCAUGGUUCUUCAUUAAUUGCACUUCGUACGAGUAAUAAUUGAUAGCAUUUUUUUCCACUAAACCUAGACCCUUCCACACUGUAAAAAGUGCUAAGUUGACUUAA